GUAAAUCAACGAAAGUAAGUAUCAGCCAACCGACAGGGCACAGUUCUCAAUCAACAGCAAACACUGCUCUCCAAGUGUCGGUCCUUGGUCAAUCACCAUACGCUAUCAUGGCGGACAUCUUCCCAGACGACAGCAGUGUUCGGACCGCCGACAGUGCAACUUUAGCUUUGCUCGGCAAGAAGCAAGUGCUCAAGCGCCGUUUCGCCUUCGUCUCCAUCUUCGCCUUUGCAGUCUGCGAGCUGAUUACCUGGGAGACGGUUUUGGCCCUCUUUUCGCAGCCGCUUGAGAAUGGCGGACCCGCCGGCGCCAUCUACGGCUUCAUAAUCUCCUGGUUCUCGACCAUGUCCGUUUACACCGUCAUCUCAGAGCUUGCGAGCCUUGCUCCCAUUGCUGGGGGUCAGUAUUACUGGGUAUACAUGCUGGCUCCGCCGCGGUACAAGAUCAUAUUCAGCUACGUGAUGGGAUGGCUGACGUCUUUGGCUUGGGUUGCUACUGUUGCAACGGAGACGCUGUUCGCCGGCCUGAUCCUGCAAGGCAUUUUGAUCCUCGACUACCCCAGCUACGACGCGCAGAUGUAUCAGGGUACGCUGCUUACCUGGGCGGUCAUUGGUCUCUGCAUUUUCAUCAACGUGGUGAUUCCACAAUGGCUACCGCGGUUCGAGGUCUUCAUUGUCGUCUUUCACAUUGCUGGCUUCAUUGCCGUCCUGACGACGCUGCUCGUGAUGACGCCUGAGCUGGGUUCAAAUGCAUCCGUCUGGCUUACUUCACUGAACGAAGGCGGGUGGCCUACGCAAGGGCUAUCCUACUGUGUCGGUUUUCUCGGCAAUGUUGCAGUGUUUGUUGGUGCCGAUGCCAGCGUCCACAUGGCUGAAGAAGUCUCCAACGCCGCGCUAAACAUACCAAGAGCCAUCCUGGGAGCAAUGCUGAUCAACGGCAUGGUUGGUAUUGCGAUGAUGAUCACGGUCCUGUACUGUCUUGGCGACGUGGAGACUGUCCUCGAGUCCGCUACCGGCUUCCCAUUCAUCCAGGUCUUCUUCGAUAGCGUGGGAAACAUCGCUGGGGCGACCGUCAUGGCUGGGGUUGUCCUCGCUCUCACCUGGGCUUGCGCAACCGGCAUCAUGACUACUGCCUCCCGCAUGACUUGGUCCUUCGCGCGUGAUAAGGGACUGCCGUUCUCGCGCUUUCUCAGCACGGUCAACCCUAGGACUCAGGUGCCGGCAAAUGCGGUCCUAAUGGUAUCCUUCCUCGCUGCACUGCUCACGCUCAUUUACAUUGGGUCUUACACGGCAUUCAAUGAUGUCGUCUCGCUCACCAUUACCGGCUUCUACGGCUCGUACUUCCUACCAGCUGCCCUCCUACUCUACCGCCGCGUAAAAGGUGAAGUGCUACCGCAUCGGACCGAAGUCGACACCGUUGCCCCCAACGCGGUAAACAGCCCUUUCAAGCCGGACCUGCCUCACCAAAAGACCCAACGUCAUGACGUUGGCCAUGUGCAAGUCGUCAAUGCUCGCCUCAUCUGGGGUCCGUGGCACCUACCCGGCAUCUUAGGUAUCAUUAACAAUGCAUAUGCCUGCUGCUAUAUGGUCUUCGUUAUCUUCUUCAGCUGCUGGCCACCCGCGACGCCCGUUACCGCCUCGACGAUGAACUACAGCGUAGUGGUAACGGGAGGUGUUAUGAUCUUGAGUGUGAUUUGGUACUACGUCAGAGCUAAGGAUGUAUACAAAGGGCCGUUAAUUGACGAAGAGGUUGCGGCGAUCAUGAGAGUCGGGUCGGUUGUUGCUGUGGAAUAGGGACGGGAUUGGGUCUGGGUGUUUUGUUACUGAUCUGCAGUGCGUGCAGGCUGAGUUUGAGAGAGCCAGAUCGACGCAGAUAUAUGAGUAUGCGGAACUACGUGUGGGUGUGGAACAUCAAACUGGCGCCAAAUAGGAUGGAUAUGGAAUGUGCGCAGAUUAGGGUAAAGAGAAGUUACUUUGGUUUAGCCCAUAUGCAACAAGCGCUCAACGUGUGGAGCUCGAAAUUCUCUCUAAAUACUGUAAAGCUGGACAUUAAAUGUGAGGUGCAAUGCCACUUGCGUAGGAAGCUACGUCGAUGAGCAGCAAGGGCAGUGUACGCU